AUGUUGAAAAUAAACACGGCCAAAAUGGCCAACCAGACCAUGGUCAAACUUGUCGAGUGUCCCAUAUGUAUAGACGUCUAUACGGAUCCCGUGAUUACAGAGUGUGGCCAUACUUUUUGCCACAACUGUAUCUCCCAAUGGUUGGCCACUAACCCCGUGUGCGCCCAAUGCAAGCGCUAUAUAGACGCGAGUAACCUGGUAACUAAUUACAAUACAAAGUCCAUAAUUGAGACAGGUCUCGAGUUUCGGUGCGACUAUGACUGGAAUGGGUGUCGGGAGGUGUUGAAGUUGGAUGAGGUGCAGGGUCAUCUCAGGAAAUGUAGGUUUAAAUCAGAGACUAACGGCGCUCGUAGGCACAUACCUCGACGGUGUAGCUACUGGCCUACCUGUCGUAAGGGUGACCAGUGUAACUUUCAUCACCCGGAUGAGUAUUGUAUGAACUACGCCAAGUUCGGGAACUGUCGUUUCGGGAAAGACUGCAAACGUAUUCAUCCGAUUUGUGAGUCGGGCCUAAAGUGCCCCAAACGGGACUGCGUUUUGACUCACGCCGAGGGAACGGUAGCCCAAAAGAUUGCUGAGGACCUUGGGGUCCAGAAAGUAAAGGCUAUUAAUGAGCCCAAAAGCAAUAGACGUCCAAACAAUAGGAUUCAUACGAAAAGUACUGCAAUUCAGCCCAAAGUCGAAGCCAUAACCACCAGUACCGUAGCGAGUGUAGCCGGGUCAAGUGAUACGGUAGGACCUAGUGUGAUAGUCACGCCAAAUCGUGACUAUCGUCGCAAUCGUGACUAUCGUCGCAAUCGUGACUAUCGUAUGUUGCAACUGGCGUUGGAAAUGGGUUUACGGAACUCUGAAUGGGAACGGGAGGGUAAACCUCACUCAACCGUCAGAGGGCGCACAAUCAACGAAAUGAUGGUUUACGAAGAAUUUGGCGUUGCAAACCGGGAUUCCUAUUACCCUAGAGUCCGAGUCAUCAGUAACAGUCAGUCGUCUAACCCCUCAGCACUGGGAUCGCAAGCCACUCAUGAUGUCCCAACCAAUGAUCCGGCUAAGUUAAAGUGCGCCUACUCACGAUAUGGCUGUCCAAGAACGUUAAACGGAAAUAGUUUAAACGAUAUGGAUAUACUUUAUGACCAUGUUAAGAUCUGCCAAUAUAAUCCGGCAAAAAACAGACAAAUUGUCGGUACGUCAUAUCUGCGAGCCCAACCUGUCCGGGACUCGAACCCACGUUCACCUAUUUGGGACCUAGAGAUGGUAUCGUGUGGUUACUCGUGGAAUGGCUGUAAUGAACGGUUGUUCAGGGAUGAGAAGUCGAUAAUUGAGACAGGUCUCGAGUUUAGGUGUGAUUAUGACUGGAAUGGGUGCGAGGAGUUGCUGUCUCUGGAUCAGCUACCCGGCCAUCAUAGGGAGUGUAGGUUUAAGUACUGCGGUAAGUGUAGCGCUAAUGUGAGCCGUACUGCCGGUGACCACAAGUGUGAGGGUCUAACGAAACCGACGGUGAAUACUAAUGCCAAUUCGGAACGCACUGGUCAGCAUGCUAAGGGACAGGGUCAGUUAAAAGCGGUAGACAAAUAUAAUAAUGCCGAUUGGCAAGAGAUUAAGGAUACCCUAGGUCAGGGGAUUAGAAUUAUUAAGGGUACGGUCAUGUGCUGCUCCUACCGGACACUGCAGUCGUGCGUAUCGGGUAUAUCGGAGUCCGAGUGCGGAUCGGAGGCCCAAAAUGUUGCGCACAGUUUCCUACACACAAUCGGCCAGACCUUUGAGGCCGACGACUGUUUCGACUACGGGUUCAUCACAUGUAAUAUGUGGCUAUCGAUAGGGGUGGCUGUCGGGACACUGGUAGGUGUGGUGGUGGUGACGGUUUGGAUAUGGGUCUGGUGCCGAGUCCGGAAGUUCAGAGCUAACAACCUUAGUAAUAGUAAUGGUAGACAUAAAGUGCACAGGGUUGUUUACCUAAAUGAGAUUAAGUCGAACUAG